GAACUCUAAAAAAAAAGAGUUUUUAGGGUUUUAUGUUCUUGACGAAAAACCCUAACACACUCUACUUUUCAAACACAGAGAAAAAGGGACUUUUGAUGAUGAACAAAUUGUAGGUUAAAAUCUCCUCUCUAACCUGUUGCCCUUGUAAGUUAUCGAUCGAACUGCCUAAGAUCUUUGAAUAUUUGAAUUAACCUUCUCUCCGUAAAAUUUCAAUCUUUCCUAGGUCAUCUUCCCAAUACUUCUAUUUUGUUUUUCUUGAUUGAUGGUAAUCUUCAGUGGGCAUUUGAGGUUACUUAUUAGCAUUUCCAAAAUUAACUUCGGCAGUGUUUCUGCUUCUUUCACAGGUAUAUAGAGAGGUUCAAUUGGUCGAUUACAAGAAAUCAUUAAAAUCCAGAAAAGUAGAUUUUGUUGGUGCUGGGAGGGGAGAACUAUUCGUGGGAAUGGAUCUUGAUGAUCUUCUUUCUGAGCCUGUAGUGGUGAAUGCUCGAGCUGGGUUUAAGUUUCAACCAAAGGCCAGACCAAAGGGUAAGGUGAAAGGAACUGUCUUGCCAACCCCUAGCCAAUUUGAUUCUUCUAAGGACAAGCCAGUUGCAGUAGACGAUAGACAUGCUGACAUUUUGAAGUCCGUAGCUCAUUUGGUCCCCCUUGCAGAGACUGUAUCCGUUAACUCUUCUGCUGAUACACCAGAUGAAAUCCCACGUAAUUCCACAGUUAUAGAUUCUUCAUCCCAACCAGUGAUUCAGCACUCUGUAAAUCACACUGGAGCUUUGUUUCAAGAGGUUUCAGUGUCUGAUGGUGACAGAAUUUUUGCAUCAGCUAAUGUCUCUCCACAGUUUGGCACCAGGGGGGCGGACGUUGCCUCCCCAGAUCCUUCAUUUGUGGGAGUGGCAAAUUUUUCUGACAUUCAUGCUGAUAAGCAAGCUGGUUUUACAAGAUCGGGAGUAGAGACUGCAGAUAUUUUCUCCGAUCUGGAAUCACUUGAUGAUAUUCUUCCUCAGCCAGCCAUGUCAAAUGGGAACACAGUGAAAAAAUUCCAGCCUAAGGUGAAAGUGAAUAGCCAGCCUACAAAUAAGCUACCUAUAUCACGCCCCGUUGCUAGUGAAGCAGACUCAGAAAGACUUGCAUCUGUUGCCUCAAACCCCAAUGCUUCUAUUGCUCCAGAGAUAAACAGUAACCCAGAUAUUGUUGAAGUAUCCCAGGAGGUGUUAAACUAUGGAGAUGCUGCUGAUGCCCUUGGAGUAUCAUGGGUCGGUGACAUGAGGCUGGAGAGAGAGGAGGAGGCUUUUGGUGGAAUAAAUUCUCAGGAUACUGCUACCGGGAAUCCUUUCUUAGUUCCUUGUGCAAAUGAAUCUUUGGAAGAGGAUUUGACUCCCACCUUUCCUUCUGAUAGUUUUAUUGAUUCCUCAACCAUGGGGUUUUCUAAUUCUGUGCCAAGGGACGCAUCCCCGGAACAAUUAACACACGAGUUGGAAAGUUCUGCUGAAAGAUCUUAUCCAGAGCUUGUCACUCAGGAAGAACUUGUGGACUUACAGGCUGGUCAUGUGAUCUCUGGAGGAGAGAAUGAGAGAUCUGUUUCCGCUGCUAGCAACAAAAAUGGAACUGGUAAAUCCUCAAGGCUGCUGAGAAAUGAGGUGUCUCAUCCUGUUGCUGCUGAUGAGAUGGCAGAGGAGACUAGAGAGAAUCAGCAUUUGCUUUCUGAACCAGCCCAAAAUUCUUCGGGUAAUGUGGAUAAUAAUGAUGACUACUGUAGAGGCGAAGAGGCGCCCAAUUCGAACAGGACACCCGAAAACUCAAAGAAACCAGUGUCUGGAAAUGAAAAAACAGGUCGCAGGCGUAAAAAAGCAGAUGGGCCAGACUCCUCAGACAAAGAACUACCCAAAAAGAAGUUCUCUCAUUCUACUCGAAGAAAUAGGAGAAAAGUGGACAAGAUUUUGCUUGAAACCCCGGAUCAUGAAAUUGAUCCUCGGAAGCUGACCCUGAAGGACCUAAUCCUGCUUGCAGAAGCCAAGGAACGGUUGUUGAGUAAAGAUCCAAAUGCAGCGAAGAACUCCUUACCGAAUCAAAGAAAUACCCGAGAUACCUCUUUUGGUGAAGAGGACUCGUUUGGCUUGCCAGAGGACUCGUUUGGAUUGCGAGAUGACUCGUUUGGAUUGCGUGAUGACUCAUCCUUUGGCUACCAGGACGAUGAGCAAGCAGCACCUUCUGCUCAACCUAAACUCAACUACCAUACUUUCAUGAAAAGGACAUCAAAACAAAGUUGGUCCCAACAAGACACUGAACUGUUCUAUGAGGGAAUUCGGCAGUUUGGAACAGAUUUUGCAAUGAUACAACAACUAUUUCCUGGACGAACACGACAUCAAGUGAAACUGAAAUAUAAGAAGGAAGAAAAACAGCAUCCUCAAAGGCUUUCUGAUGCUUUGACAAAUCGUUCCAAGAAUCAUUCCCAUUUUGAACUGGUUAUUGAAAGGCUAAAAAAAGCUGCAGCCGAAGCUGAGGCUGAGCAAAAUUCUAACAGAGAUGACGAGUCUGUUGGCCUGACGGGCGAGGAAGAGGAGGUCACUCAUGACACAAAUGAAGAAGUGACACAGAAUAAAAACCAAGAUAAGUUUGAGGAGGAAGAAAUGGGUGAAGGUACGAUGGAAGCAGAGGAGGUGGCUACUGUGAAUCAUCAAGGUUAUAAUCCUGUUAAGUGUCAUCAAGAAAGUGAAGAAGAAGAUGUCUAUGAUAUAUGGAGUGAAUACAAAAGUGACAUUUAAAACUUGAUUUUUGGAGGCACUGUGAUGUGAUAUCCUGUCUUCAACUUGUAUCUGAAAAAACAAAGAAUAGAAGAAGACAGGGAAGAACUGUGAAAAAACAAAGACAGACAGAAUGAAAACAAAGAAUUAGAAGAAGACACGGACGGACCGAAUAAAAAUGAAGAAAGAUUAAUGAUUAUUGGGGCUGAUGGGAGUCGAUCCCGGGUCUUCAGAGCUACAACGCGCCAAUAUUACCACUAAGCUAUGCUGGGUCUAUUUAGCGUGUUUUAUUCUUAACAUGUACUUUGUUGGUAUUGUUUUAUUAUAGAAUACUAGGUAUCACCCCGGCCUACGGCCGGGGCUCAACCUUUUUUCGA